CAAGUGUAUCAAGAGUAUUGGGGCACAUCAUAGGUACUUGUUGAGUAUCCUUGCAUAGUCUAGACAGCCAACAGUAUCCUUACAUUAAUAAUAAUGGGCAGAAUGCGGGGAAGAAACCAGGCAGAAGAGGAGAAAAAGUAUUAGCAAGCUCGAUGCGUCUGGAUCUGGUUGGCAGCUUCCAUAGUACGUACUAAGAACAAGCUAUACUGGAUCCGAUGGAUCUUGCCGUGUUGCAGCAUCCAAGGCUAACAAGAGCCCUGUCCAACUCGUAUAUAUAGACGCCCCGCCCGGUUUCUUUCUUUCUCUCUCUUUUUUCCCUGCGACUUCAUUUGUGUUAUUGUUCUCAUUCACUACUAUUCCUGCACAACUGUCACUAUGGGCAAAGACGACGAACCCAGAACCUACCGAUACAAUGAGACCCCAGUCUACACCACGUCCACUGGCUGUCCGGUCAUGGACCCCCAGGCUGCCCAGCGCGUUGGCCGUAACGGACCUCUCCUUCUUCAGGACUUCCACUUGAUUGACUUGCUCGCCCAUUUUGACCGUGAGAGAAUCCCCGAACGUGUCGUGCACGCCAAGGGCGCUGGCGCCUAUGGUGAAUUCGAGGUUACCGACGACAUUAGCGAUAUCACUAUCGUCGACAUGCUCAAGGGAGUAGGCAAGAAGACCAAGAUGUUCACACGAUUCUCGACUGUUGGUGGCGAAAAGGGUUCUCCAGACAGUGCCCGGGAUCCCCGUGGGUUUGCUAUGAAGUUCUACACAGAGGAGGGCAACUUGGACUGGGUCUUCAACAACACCCCCGUCUUCUUCCUGCGCGAUCCCGCCAAAUUCCCCAUUUUCAUCCACACUCAGAAGCGCAACCCGCAAACCAACCUCAAAGAUGCCACCAUGUUCUGGGACUACCUCUCGACGCACCAAGAGGCCGUCCACCAGGUGAUGCAUCUAUUCAGUGACCGUGGCACUCCCUACUCCUACCGCCACAUGAAUGGCUACUCAGGCCACACCUACAAAUGGAUCAAGCCCGAUGGCACCUUCAACUACGUCCAGAUCCACUGCAAGACAGACCAGGGCAACAAGACCUUCACUGACGAAGAAGCCGGCAACCUCGCCGCCGGAAACCCCGAUUGGCAUACACAGGACCUUUUCGACGCCAUCCAGCGCGGCGAGAACCCUUCCUGGACCUGCUACGUUCAAGUCCUCUCCCCCGAACAGGCUGAGAAGUUCCGCUGGAACAUCUUCGACCUCACCAAGGUCUGGCCGCAGUCUGAAGUGCCCCUCCGCCGCUUCGGAAAGUUCACCCUCAACCGUAACCCCGAGAACUAUUUCGCGGAGGUCGAGCAGGCCGCUUUCUCGCCUUCCCACAUGGUCCCCGGCAUUGAGCCAUCCGCAGACCCCGUCCUCCAGUCCCGUCUCUUCUCAUACCCUGAUACCCACCGCCACCGUCUGGGCGGAAACAACGAGCAGAUCCCUGUUAACUGCCCGCUCAAGUCCUUUAGUCCCUGGCACCGCGACGGCUACAUGAACGUCCAAGGUAACUACGGCGCCAACCCGAACUAUCCCUCCACCUUCCGCCCUCUACAGUACAAGCCCGUCAAGGCAUCCCAGGAACACGAGAAGUGGGUUGGUGCUGUUGUUGCGGAACAGUUCCCCGUCACUGAGGAAGAUUACGUCCAAGCCAAUGGUCUCUGGCAGGUCCUUGGCCGUCAGCCCGGUCAGCAGGAUAACUUUGUCAAGAACAUCUCUGGUCAUCUGUGUAACGCUCAUCCGCGCGUGCGUAAGCAGACGUAUGAGAUGUUCAGCCGUGUUAAUCCGGAUCUUGGUGCUCGAAUUGAGAAGGCUACCGAAGCUAAGACUGCUGAUACCAAGUCUGCUCGUCUGUAGGGUAUCAAAAACUACAUCUUGUUUGUGUCUAAUCUUCUGUACUUGAUUCCCUCUACUUUUGUAUCAUGUUUUGGUCCGUUUUUGUAUAUGGACUAAAUCAUAAUCUUACGACUAAAUGAAAGAACCUUUAUCCAAGAUGUAUUAUAUUCAUUUCAACUUGAAGUUACCGGAAUCCUUGUAUAGUUGAUCAACGCUUGACUCCAAAAAAAAGCAAAAGGAAUAUCAUAGUAUCAGAGUAUCAGAGUAUGGA